CUGACUCUCACGCUCUCCGCUGUGCUGCCGCCCGCCCAGCUUGUACUGUACAUGACAAAAGCGGAGAGGAUGGAGUGAGUGAAACAAAUCCACACUUUUUAUUUCUCACAGACACUUUUUUGUAAUUUUGGCAGGAAGAGGCGGCUUUGGGAUCGUUGCGCCACAUUACAACAAAACGUGUCCUAAUUCAUAGUAGUAGUAGAAACCAGCAAUCUGUUUUACGCACACCCUACUCCAGUGAAGGCAACAGCAGUUCAGAUCAGAUUUCACAUUCAGCUCCGACCAGCUGAGAGACACAGCCUCGGAGCAGAGCAGGAGGGCUCUUUUUCCGCUUUUAUCCACCGAUAGUCCUCCUGUUCGGCGUGCCCGAGAAAAAAAAGCCCCUGCAAGGAAAACAGCGGGUGCGCAGCGCAAAGAUUAGGCACCAACUGGGAUUUUUUUCCCUAGUCCAGUUUUUUUUUCUUCUUGUAUGUAUUUUUGCAGGAUUUCAGCAGCAGCCGCAACAAUUAGAUAGAAGGACUAAGAGAUGGACGAGCAGCCGAGGUUGAUGCACUCUCACACGGGGGUAGGCAUGGUAGGGCACCCCGGCCUGCCGCAGCACAUGCAGGAAGGCACCGGAGGAACAGACGGCGACGGCAGAAAACAGGACAUUGGAGACAUUUUACAGCAAAUUAUGACCAUCACAGAUCAAAGUCUGGAUGAAGCUCAAGCCAGGAAACACGCGCUGAACUGUCACAGAAUGAAGCCAGCCCUUUUCAACGUCUUGUGUGAAAUCAAAGAAAAAACAGUGCUGAGUAUCCGUGGGGCCCAGGAGGAGGAGCCCCCUGAUCCACAGCUCAUGCGGCUGGACAACAUGUUGCUGGCAGAGGGCGUAGCUGGCCCAGAGAAAGGCGGAGGCUCAGCUGCAGCUGCGGCUGUGGCAGCCGCUUCGGGAGGAGCUGGAGCAGACAAUUCAGCCGAGCACUCUGACUACAGAGCCAAGCUGUCCCAGAUCAGGCAAAUCUACCACACAGAGCUGGAGAAGUACGAACAGGCGUGUAAUGAGUUUACCACUCACGUCAUGAACCUGCUGCGGGAGCAGUCGCGCACGCGGCCGAUUUCGCCCAAAGAGAUCGAGCGCAUGGUGAGCAUCAUCCACCGCAAGUUCAGCUCCAUCCAGAUGCAGCUCAAACAGAGCACCUGCGAGGCCGUCAUGAUCCUGCGCUCCCGCUUCCUCGACGCCAGGCGAAAAAGACGAAACUUCAACAAGCAGGCCACGGAGAUCCUGAAUGAGUAUUUCUAUUCACACCUCAGUAACCCUUACCCCAGCGAGGAGGCUAAAGAGGAGCUGGCAAAGAAGUGUGCCAUCACAGUGGCCCAGGUUUCCAACUGGUUUGGGAAUAAAAGAAUCAGAUACAAGAAAAAUAUUGGUAAGUUCCAAGAGGAAGCCAAUAUGUACGCUGCGAGAACUGCCGUGAAUGCAGCUAAUGCAUCCUCACAUGGGAGCCAAGCAAAUUCACCCUCAACUCCAAACUCUGCAGGUUCUGCUGGAUCUUUUAACAUGUCAAACUCUGGGGACUUGUUCAUGAGCGUUCAGUCUCUCAAUGGGGACUCGUACCAGGGGGCUCAGGUUGGAGCCAACGUGCAGUCACAGGUGGAUACCCUUCGCCAUGUUAUCAGUCAGACAGGCGGAUACAGUGAAGGACUCACAGCCAACCAGAUGUACAGUCCACAGGGCAUCAAUGCAAACGGCGGCUGGCAGGAUGCUCCAACCCCCUCAUCAGUGACUUCGCCCACAGAAGGACCCGGAAGCGUUCACUCCGACACCUCCAACUGAUCCUCCACCCUGUGUUCCCCUCUAUUCCUUAAUCCUGUAUUUCUUUACCUUCCUUGGACACUGCAGCCCCCAGGCCCAUCUACCGCAGUUCAGCCCCUGACCUUAUUAGGACAUGUUGUAUGUAGUCACAUAGUGGCACCAUGUCAUAGGUCUGGGAUCAUGUUUUCACUUCUUAAGGACUUUUCCUAUCUGGACUACCGCUAUAUCAUUAGCAACCUGCAUAAUCUCACUUCACACAGUUUCCACUUGAUGCCCAUGUUGCCUCUUUGUAUUUCUUUUACAUUCUAUUGUAGUAAUCACACAUUAGGCACAGUUAACACUAUAUUGGCCCACGUCUUGUAAAUUCAGAUGCUUUCACUCUACCUCUACUGAAAUAACAACAGAAUAUUUCAAAUACAUGAUAACAUAUACUGUCAAUACAUUUUUUUGUUGUUAGUAUCACGCUCAUACGUUUGUUGUGUAUCUAUAGUGCCAAAGUUCAACCCUGAGGCGGAUUUUUUUGAAGUUACAUUUUAUUUUUAUAUUGUGCCCUUUUUUUAAUUUUUCGUGCCAUUCUUUGGUCCAGUCAUUGUAAUAUUCAAGCAUUCAGCCUCAAUUACUGUAGUUUAUAAUCAGAACGUUUACAACAGAAUGUGACAUACUGUUUUAUAUUUUGUUGCCAGAGUAGUAUGUUUAUUGCUCUUAAUACAGGGGAAGGAAUUUUUAAAGUGUGACUUAUAAGGCAGUGAUAGCACACAGUUUGGCAGCAAAAAAUAUCAAAAAAUUGAGCAAACCCAAAUAAACCCUUGACAGUAAAUGAAAGCAUGCAAAUCCAAAUUAAAGCACAUCUAAUGAUUGAACUUAAGAGUAAGGGUAAAAUACAAGCAAUCCUAUUGACAUUUUAAGAUGCAAUGGAGUCCGUAGAGUGCAUCAUUAGACAUCCUCAGUAUGUAUCAGAGAGAUUGGUGUAGCCAAAAAAACUGCUAGUAACCAAACUCAAAUGUGUAGGUGUAAUUUUGAGGUAUCAAGUCAAUUCAUUGUAUACACUUCACUUUUCAUUCAUGGAAAUGUAAUAUUUACUGUAUAUCUUGAACCUUAGACUGCAGUGGGAUGCCUCCAUCUCAAAAUACAGUAUACAAUUUUGAGCUGAGGACUAAAAGUCCUGAACAGUUAUUGAUUAUUUUUUUCUGUACAACAUUAGAGAAUGUUAUUCGAUUCCCUUCAGUUUUUGUUUCUUUCAAAGACCACUUUCAUCCAUACAUACAAUCCAAAAUGUGAACCUAGAUUUGUGACCUUUGUUGUCUGUACUGUACAGUAUGUGAUCUAACGUGUACACAAUUCCAUAGUCCCCAAGUGAGAUAGCCACAUUUACAUACUUUGAUACCAAAAAAUUGAAUUUUUUUUUUAUCCUCGACAUUGAGUUCAGCUUUAUCUAUAUAUUUUUUCUCCUUUUUAUGUAUGAUUUUCUUAUCUGUUGUUUUAGUGAGCGCGUCAUGAUGCUCCUCUACUCUGUAUUCAAAGCCAAAAAAGCAGCUGGAAUACAGUAGCAUUAUUAUAAAUAAAAUAGAAACAAACCCAGAUGGCACACAAAUCCAAAUGACAUUUGGAUAUAUUUUUAUGUCUGCAUUAUGUGAAUAAUUCAUCUUAUUUUGUUUUUGUAUCAUUUGGCUUUGCAACAAGACUAUGUUUGACUAUGCUGCUAUUGUAUGUGAAUUAGCCCAAGAAUGCUCUAUAUACAGUAUGCAGAUAUGCACCUUUGCUCUUUUUUGCAUCUUUGAAUUCGGACAGUAGCCAUUUUAAUGCAGCUCAAUGGAGUUCCUGUUGGAUUUACGCUGGAAUCCAUUUUUUUAUUUUGUACUUAAAGCAGCGAUGUAAGACUGUCUCCAAGAUGUCUACUGUCUGAAUGAAAGUGACAUAAAAAGUUAGUGUUAACAUUGCCCUCUCGCAUUGUUUUUACAGUAGCUCAGCUGAAGCCUUUCAGCCAGAGACACCCGUCAGUCAUGACACAGCCAGGAAGGCACGUGGGUUUUUUUGUUAACAGAUGUGUGUUGCUUGUAUUUAUUCCACCUAUAUGAAAUCAUUGGUAAUUUAGAGGUACAAAGUGGAAGUCAACUACAGUGCAAUUACUGUAAACUCAACAAAGUUAUGUAAAUCAAUUAGAGCAGCUUCCCCUCGACUCACAUGCUCAGUAUUACAGCAGCAGGGCCAAGCAGCAUUCAGGUGAUACACUGACCCUGCCUCAGCCAUGUUUUCUGAAGUCAUUGGAGUGAAUUGACAGCCCCGGUCAUGCAAAGCAAAGUCUAGAAGUUUUUUCCCCCUUUUUAUUCGCAGCCUUCAAUACAAAAAAAGGCUUAACUCUACUUUCCACAUUGUCUGUCAGAUAAUAUCGGAGCUUCAUAUAAUGAUGCUUUUUGGUUUUGGAAUAUGAAAGGAAAAUAGACAUAAAUGAAUAAUUUGUAAAACAAAAUGUUUUAUUCGUUGCAUGUCUUUUUGUUCUUCAAUAAAAUAACGUUCUGCAGUGUUUUGAAUGUUCUUUUUUAUAAGGAUUUCAGAGUGAACUCAUGAAGCCUUUUUCUUGACAGUUUUUAACUUUUAAGAUCUCUAAAAAGGUAUCAAAUGGAAAACUAUUGUCUUUAUAAUUCCAAACCAAAACCUGUUUCCUGUGGAGAAAAAUAGCCAAACGGUGUAGGUUUUAUGGUCACUUAAUUUGUACUGGCAAUGCGUAUCCCAAAUAAAUAGAUUCUUUUGUUGCAUAAA